AAGGGAUCUGUGAGUGUGAAGGGGAAAAGGGGUUAGAAGACGACGAAACUACAGAGAGAGUAGGGAAAAACUUAGAUCUGGUAGGAUGGACAGUGCUCCAUGAGAUCAAAAUUAAGAGGCACUGUGGACUAUAGGGGCAAGAGUGAAGCAGCUUGAAAGCAGUAAAAACAAAAGUGGGGAAGAUAACAUACAGAAUGGCUUCUUGGGGUAGAAGUGAGAGGAGUGACUGACCCAUCGUGUUGUUCAUGCCGGUUGCAUAUUACCCCCAUUGGUGUGUGUGAUUGAAUUCACAAAGAAGAAGUAUCAGGACAGUUCUUUCAGGAAAAAAGGUGAUUGUAAAGUCUAGCUGGAAAUAAGUACAGGAUGGCUUGGUUAACUGCUGCCUUUCCCUGUGGCGCCCUCCUUGAAUGUCGGUUACCAUGGCGAAGCGCGAGUCUAACAGCAGCAGCCCUGUUGUCAGGCAAAUAGACAAGCAGUUCCUGGUGUGUAGCAUCUGUCUGGACCACUAUCACAAUCCCAAAGUCCUGCCCUGCCUGCAUACCUUCUGCGAAAGGUGUCUUCAGAACUACAUCCCGCCCCAGUCCCUGACUCUGUCCUGCCCAGUGUGCCGACAGACUUCCAUCCUGCCUGAGAAGGGGGUCGCUGCCUUGCAGAACAACUUUUUCAUCACCAACCUGAUGGAGGUCCUGCAGCGAGACCCAGAGUGUGCCAGGCCCGAGGCCUGCAGCGUGCUGGAGUCUGUCAGCGCUGCAGCAGCUGGCAAACCCCUGUCCUGCCCCAACCACGAGGGCAAGGUUAUGGAGUUCUACUGCGAGUCAUGUGAGACUGCAAUGUGCCUGGAAUGCACGGAGGGGGAGCACAGGGAGCACGUGACUGUUCCUCUGCGCGAUGUUCUAGAGCAGCACAAGGCAGCACUGAAGAACCAACUGGAUGCCAUUCGGAACAGGCUCCCCCAGCUGACAGCGGCCAUCGAGCUGGUGAAUGAGAUCUCAAAGCAGCUGACCGAGCGCAAGAACGAAGCGGUGAGCGAAAUCAGCAGCACCUUUGAAGAGCUGGAGAGAGCACUGCACCUCCGCAAGAACGCCCUCAUCACAGACCUAGAGAGUAUCUGCAGUGCCAAGCAGAAGGUGCUGCAGGCGCAGCUGGCCUCUCUACUGCAGGGCAAAGAGCACAUCCAGAGCAGCUGCAGCUUCACAGAGCAGGCCCUGAGCCAUGGCAGCGCUACUGAGGUGCUCCUGGUUCGCAAGCAGAUGAGUGAACGGGUCAGUGCCCUGGCCAGGCAUGACUUCCCCGAGCACCCGCACGAGAACGCUCACCUGGACUGUCUGGUGGAGACUGAGGGGCUGCGACGCUCCAUCCAGAACCUAGGAGUGCUUCUGACCACGAGCGCCGUGGGCCACACCAGCGUGGCCACGGGUGAGGGGCUCCGGCACGCCCUUGUGGGGCAGCACACCACUGUCACCGUGACAACCAAGGACAAGGAGGGGGAGCUGGUGAAGACGGGGAAUGCCAUCCUGCGUGCCGAGAUCAUCGCCCCGGACGGGAGCUACACCGAGGCCGAGGUGACGGACAACAAGAAUGGCACGUAUGAAGUGGGCUACACCCUCCGUUCUGAGGGAGAGUUCUCCUUCUCCCUCACACUGUACGACCAGCCGGUGCGGGGCAGCCCCUUCCGCCUGCGUGCGGUCAAGCCGUCCGACGUACCCCAAUCACCUGACGACGUCAAGCGGCGGGUGAAGUCUCCCAGUGGCGGUGGAGGGCAUGUGCGGCAGAAGGCAGUGCGCCGACCCUCCAGCAUGUACAGUACAGGCAAGAAGAAGGAGAACCCCAUCGAGGACGAAAUGAUCUACCGCGUUGGGACCCGAGGCCGGGAGAAGGGAGAGUUCACUAAUCUUCAGGGGAUCUCUGCCUCCAGCAAUGGGCGCAUUGUGGUGGCAGAUAGCAACAAUCAGUGCAUUCAGGUGUUCUCAAACGAUGGGCAGUUUAAACUGAGGUUUGGGGUCAGAGGUCGCUCACCCGGGCAGCUCCAGCGCCCUACUGGUGUGACCGUGGAUAUGAAUGGUGACAUCAUUGUGGCUGAUUAUGACAACAGAUGGGUUAGCAUUUUCACCUCAGACGGGAAAUUCAAGAAUAAAAUCGGAGCUGGCCGCCUCAUGGGGCCAAAGGGAGUAGCUGUAGAUCGCAAUGGGCACAUCAUUGCUGUUGACAACAAGGCCUGCUGUGUCUUCAUCUUCCAGUCGAAUGGCAAACUCGUGACUAAGUUUGGAGCAAGGGGCACGUCAGACAGGCAGUUUGCAGAAAAAAGUGGUGCAAACUUUGCACUGGAGCAAAAGCUUAGUAAAUCUGGCCCCGUGUUCAGCCCUCACUUCGUUGCAGUAAAUAACAAGAAUGAAAUUGUGGUGACAGACUUUCAUAAUCACUCUGUCAAGGUGUAUAGUGCUGAUGGAGAGUUCCUUUUCAAAUUUGGCUCUCAUGGAGAAGGAAAUGGUCAGUUCAAUGCUCCAACAGGGGUGGCCGUUGAUGCAAAUGGUAACAUCAUCGUGGCAGACUGGGGAAACAGCCGAAUACAGGUAUUUGACAGCUCAGGAUCAUUCCUGUCCUACAUUAACACCACAGCAGACCCCCUCUAUGGACCCCAAGGCCUGGCACUGACCUCUGAUGGACACGUUGUGGUUGCAGACUCGGGGAACCACUGCUUCAAAGUCUACCGUUAUCUGCAGUAAAGCCAGCAAAAUUUUCCUGAGAUUUGCCAAACAAGCACUGACCGGAGACAUGUAAAAUGGUGCAUUUUUUAUGUUACUUUGCACAUUAGCAAAUCUGGAAAUCAUAAAACCUAAGCUCUCACCUGACAAGAAGAAGAAAAAAACAUCUGCUUUAUGUGGGUUUCUGCUAACAGUGUGAGAAACUUCAACCACAAGAGCUAACGGACUCGUAAUUCUAUUUUAUUUAAGAAAAAUACAAUUCUUAUAUCAGGUGAAUUGAAGGAUAAAAGUAAAACAUGUCUGUAGAUAUAAAAAAGCUAACCACAUACAUUGGCAUGUGGAUAAAGAAACAAGUUAAAACAUUUCUGUAGCAAAAGAAACAAGCUGGAGAGUUGAGGAGUAGUAGCGUUUCCAAAUGCAUGACAUUUGUAGCUUAUCAGAGCAGCCAUGGAGAGAGCAGUGCUAAUUUAUCAGUAGCUUAUCCAGUUUUAAAAAAAACACAUAAAAAAGAUGGUCGUCCUCUACUCAAGAUAUGAGUAGAAUAAGGAGGCAGCAACGUUACUCUUUACAUUCAUUUCAUUGAGAAAGUAAUUAAAUUUUUUAAGAAAUAAAUCACAUCCAUCUGUUCACUUAAUUCUCAAGUACCAUCUGUGCAUUUACGUUUGUUGUAUAUUUAUUCUAUAUUUAUAUAUAGUAUAUGCUGUAUAUGAAAUCAAUCACUAAUUCUUCAUCUACAGUUUCAAAUUCUCCUAAAACCUUCAAUAAAUCAAAAUCAGGCUAGUAUUUUGUGUGGAAGGCUGCGGAUGGCAAAGUUGAGUUCUGGACUUCCCCAGCCUUGAACUUUUGAGAUCUCUGUAGUAUUUAUUGCAAAAAGUUGACAGCACAAUUCAGCAUUUUUAUAAAAAAAAAUCUGAAAAAAAAAGAAAAAAACAGAAUGGAUUUAGUUUUGUCUUAAUUUAUUUUCUUUUUUCUACAUGGUUUUAUCUUUUGAAGGUUAUUUUUCUAAUUUUUAAAUGUUUGAUUUGCCAAACAUCAACUUUAUCGGACUUUAUUAACAUCAUCUGCUCAUUAUUAGCUCCAAUUCAGUUCUGUAAAGUCAGUUUCCAUGGCAAACAAUAACAGGAACCAAUACUGGAACAAAAUUACUCAGCGUUAAUGCUUCAAAUCCUAGAUUUCAAAUCUCUUACACUUGACCAAAGAAAUACCAUGUUCAAAACGUUCUUUUGAAGUAUUCUCAACAUUUUUAAAGAGAAAGAAAACAUUGAGUAGCUGGUAUUUGAUGGAUUCUUCCAGUUUCUUGUGAUAUGGUUCCACUGGUCAUCUAAGCCCUGUGUACAGUAUGUGGUAUCUGGUUGUAUUAAUUCCUGAACAAUUCCUUGAAAUACAUGUCUAUAGAAAACAAAGCUGCCUCAACGUUAUUCAAUUACAAGUGAAACAAAGUGGAAAGUGUUCAAAUGUAUACAUAUUGGAGGUGAGAUCUCUGCAAUGGCAUUUAAGAAUCCAGAUUGUUUUGUGGAAUUAAAAACAGUUUAAGAUGAAUCUGAAGUACAAUAAGUGACAAAAAAGUAGACUUGUGUUAGAAAACUACAGGUAUGGAGGACUUUUUUAUUUGGCUCACUGCCAAGUAAAAUUCAUAUUGAAUCUCAUUCCUCAAAGGCUUGCAUUCCAUUAAAUCAAAAAGCUGCUAAAAGCUUGUAGGAAUAGGUACCGUUCCUUCUGUAAAUAGAUCUGUUUUUUUCAUGAAUUAGCACAGCACAUUAGUGAACAUCGGCUCCCUGAAGUUAGGGCUUGUUCUUGUCGCUGAAAAGUGUAGGUAUUUUUUGAAUUGCUGCAAAGAGAUUGAGGAUAAUCAUUUUUCUUCCUCUAGCCAGUUGCAAGUCUAGCCAUCCUUCACUUCAUGUAUAGUAUUUACUGUAUCUGACUCAUGAGUGUGGUAGUGGAAUCCAUUUCCUUAUAGAAGCCUUCAUUUAAUUUUCUGUCAAAAGAAAUCUGUAAAAAUCUGCCUGUUUCUGGGUUUUAAACAUUUUAAAACAUCAGUUUUUGUAACUAAGAAACACUUGGCCUAAAUUGGUUUGGAUACUGCCAGGGCUGUACAAGGUCCAGUAACAAUGAGAAAUAUUAGCAAUCAAACCACUUGCACAGUUGAUAUAAAACACAUUGUAAAUACUAACCCAACUUUAAAAGUAUCAUAUUGAUUGAAAAUCUAGACAUCCCAUAUCAUAGAAUCAUUAUUGAUGAGGUUAAUUUCAGCAGGUUUGUAGUAUUUGUGCUGUAUUCUCUUGUGGGCUUCCCUACAUGAGAUAAACACUUUUCUCACAGGGUAAGGGGUGUAUACAGUACAUACAGUAAGCAGAGCCUGAUGUGGUUUACCUUUGGGUUAUGCCUUGACUAAAGCUAUCUUUGGUUAUAUUUUGCUAAUAUGAAAGAGACCUGUACUAGGAAGUUAAUAUGAAACGCACAAUUUGGUAUGUCAUGAGUAUUUUCUAUGCUGGUAAAAAACAAGAUAAAUAAAAUCUAUCAAAAAUAUAUUGAAAACAACAUAUUAGUCAGAGCUGUCAUUGACAGUGAAUUGUAUAAUAACAUCCCCAGAGCAGGUCAUAAAAGUAUCUUAACACUCUUGUCACUUUUCUUUAGUAUUUCAUUUUUGUUGUUGUUUUUUUUCUGAACUACUUAUAUACUGUGCAUUCAAUUCAAGGUAUGGUCAUAUUUUCUAACCCCAAUCAUGUACAGUGUUAUGGUCAUUAACUUCUACCAGUGCAUGAAACAAGACUUCGAGCAGAAUUUUGUAACAAGUUAUCAAGAAAGAGACAUUGUCUACAUUAAACUCGAUGUAAUUGUUUAUUUGAAUGGUAGAAUUUUACCUAUUUGAAAAAGUUAGCAGACAUUGAAUUGGGAAAAAGUCACUUCUUUCAGUCCUCUUUUUUUAGGGCACUUUGGAUUUUCUGGCUAUUGAAUAGACACUUCACAUCGCCGGUGUAAAGAAGAAAAUCGAGUAUUGCGGUGGUCAGAGUGGUAUUUCAACAAUUACGUUACAUAUUCAAUAAAAAUCCGAAUAAUGUUCAACCUCCAACAGUUCAAAAUGAGGUGGCAAAUUGUAAAAUAAAUGUGGGGCGAUUUGCUUUGGAAAAUCUUUGUAACAGCGGAUUAUUGAUCUCAGCUUAAUAAAUACAUUUAGCCAGGAGUCUUUAUUUCAGCAUCCGUAAACCACAUAAUGUACUGACCAUAAAAAAAAAACUUUUAAAAGUGACAAAAUCACUGACCUAUCAGGAAAAUGACAAUCUUCUUUUGAAGGUACAGUAGUUGACUGGUGUUCCAUUCCAACAACAGGACGUCUACUGUUUAAGUCACAAGCUUGUGGUGUGUGUGUGGUCACUGCUGGAAAUAAUACAAGCUUUACAUCUGCGAUGUAUGCUUUGUGCCAUGUUCCAGAUGCUGUUUUGUGGUUGCCAUGAAUCACUACAAGUAAUUUACUUAAACAGCUAGACACUCCCUAUCAGAUGAUCUGUUGUAAACAGCAACUACUGCGUCAUUCUGCCUUUCUGCACCACACUUUCUUACCUUCAUCUGGUUAAAACCUAUAGGACAAAACCUAUAUUUGUCACUUAAUCCUUGGCUCCACUGCUGGAAAGUAUGUCUGGCGUAACUUAAUCCAGCUCCUAACAUACUGUAUCGAUGGCAUACAGUCUUUAUUCUAUUCAUAAGAGGGAGCUUGUUUGUUCUGUCCUGUUCUGUUCAAUUAUUUCCCUUGAUUUUCAACAGUCUUGACAUUCAAAAGGUUAAUUCACCUUAUUACUGUACCUGUGCCCACUCCACUCUCACUAAUGAGGUAAUUUAAUGCUCAUGCAACUGUUGCUGAAACACUGUCAAUCAUGGAUGAUCAAUCAUUCAAAAUGACAUCACAAACAUCCAUUUAAUAUGUAAAUAUGUAUUUUUUUUCUAGAAAUACACAUGCAAAGAAUGGUUUCUUCUGAUGCUUUGUAUAGAAUAAAGAAGUGCCCCCAAAUGGUAAGUCAAUACUGGUCUUAAUAGAAAAGGUUCACUUUACUGAGGGUUGAUAUUUGAAGAAGCUUAAGUCAGGAGGAACAGAGCCAUGAGUGUCCUGGUUUGCCACAGAAACUGUUUGACAGGAGCCAUUAAGUAACACAAUGAACUGAAAAUCUGAAACAGAAGAACCUGAAGCUCCUCGUUUUGGAACACUAGUAAAUGUUAAUUAAGGUGAAGCACAAAUUUUAAAAACAAGUUGAGGAGAAAAAAAGAAUGGAGCAGUGGAUUGUUAUACAAAUGCAGCAGGUUUUUACAUGCUUUGAUAAGACAAAAGUAGUCUGUUACCAGGCCUUGCUAGUUUUCUUGUUUCAUGUACCAUUUAAUUUCAUGGUAAUAAUUCAUUGUAAAUUCUGCUGAACUAUCAGGAUUAUUUGUCAUGGUCGUUGGACACUACACCUUUAAAGCAGCAAAAUGUUUAUCUAAACCAAAAAAGUAAAGCUGAACCAAUUCAACAAAUUGCAUUACUGAAUGCUGCAGGGUUGAUAAAGCAUUAAUAAACUGAUUAAGCAUUAUCUUAUCAAGGGGAUGAUUGUGAUUUAUUUCAAGUUUUUACACAAGCAUAUUUGUUUCUUUGAUGUACCACAUGCGAGUUUGAUCUUAAACAACAUCAUGCGUAAACUGUUAAAAAGAUGUUUCUGAAAGAGUACAUGCAGAAAACAUUGGAAUGACUCUUAAGGUUUGCUUCUCUUAAAAUAAUGUCAUACUUGUACAGUAUGUACUGUAAGUGUUUGCUGGCAGGUCUUUACAAAACUUUGCUGGUACACUAUAUUAUCAGUUUGAAAAGAAUCAAAAUAUUUUUACUUUUCAGAAGGGAUUGCAUUGAGCAGUAUCUUUGUAAGACACAUUGUAAAGCUCUGUAAAGUAAAGAAUUGAUUGGUCGAAGGGUUCUUUACUGUUUUCUAUAAUGUAUUCAUGUCUACAGAAGAAUUAAUGUGAGGCGAUCCUUGCUUAAGAUUUGAAGCUGUGAGUGAAAGGCUGGCACUUUCUCUUCUACCCUCUGGCAGAACGGAAGUCAACACUAAAUGUUAAUUCAAAUGUUAUAAUUAAAAUCCUUUUAAUAAUGUAAAUGGAUAAUUUAACCUGAAGUCUCAAUAAUCAUAAGGCAUUUUCAUAGUGCUACAUAAUUGAAAAUCUUUAAAUAGUGGCACUUUAACAUUUCACUGAGAUGCCUAAAACAAUUUUAAGGGUGGAUUUGUUGGAUCUGGCGUACUGGCAUAUUAUAAGCUUCAUCCCAGUAAUAAUGUAAGGUUUGGUAAAAUGUUAUUGUCUUCAUCUGUUCAGCGGGAUAGAAAAUUAUUUAAUCUUCCUUACUUCUAACUUCUUCUGAAGUUAGUUGGCCUUAUUUUAAAAAUGAACUAGUACCUUUAAUGAAGAGUAGAUAAAAUGUUUGCCUUUUCUUCAGUAGACAUGAGGCUCAACCAAAUUCACUCUUUGUUGAGACUAAUGAAGUCAUUUUGUGGUGCUGUUAAAAUUUGAAAGAUGGUUGAAGUUAUGUGAAAAAGAUGUAAAUGUUAAAUGUGGCUUGGAUCAUAAUUUUUGUACUUGUAUGUACUUCAGCCUUUUUUGACAAUUUUCCUGCCCAAUUCAUAGGAAUCCAUUUUGUGUGCUCAAGUUUAAGCACGGUUUUGUAUCCUCAGUUAGUCAUGCCACAACAAACCCAUUCCUGUAGUGUGUGGGUAUUCUACAGCUAGUGCGUAGCAGACAUCCAACCCAAAUUCUAAAAAAGAACUUUAGUUCAGAAAACCUGGACAUGUACUGUAAGAAACUUAUGGGUUGGUAAUUCUAAUCCCUUGAAGUUGUUCUAAAAAUGUACUGAAGCUAAAAAUCUCUGGUGUUAGACAGCACUGCAUAAAAUGCUUUGAUUUGAACUAGCCAUUCUUAAACUGAAUUCAGUUUGGCAGUAGGGUGUCACUUGGCCCCAUAAUACUCUUCGAGAGAACAGGAUUUUAAACUUUUGUCUUUGCUACAGUUACCGGAAGUGAAUAACAUCAGAAAAUAUUAUUUUCCUAAACCACAGCCGUGCUCAGAUAAUGCGCUUAGCUUGCUACACUGUGCUAAUGAUAUGAUGAACAUCAUUGCAAUCAUGAGUCAGGGCAUGGAUUCCUUUUAACGUUUGGAAUCGGUCGUGGAAACAAAGUAAACUGCGGCUUUAAACCGUGGAGAAACUCACCAACAGCAGAAUACAGUUUUUAAUGCAAGAAAGACAAGAUAUCAAAUUCAAAGUUAACAAUUACAUCUAUCAAAGCUUUAAUAUAAUAGGUUUUAAUGUAUCUGUCCCCUGUGACCAUGGAGCCCGUUGACCUCCCUAUCUGAAAUAAAUGAGACCUUUUUGAAAGUCUGAAAGUGGCUUUUAUGCCGGAUUUUUCAUUUGCCUAGAAAACCCAAUCUGAGGAUGAUGCCGAAACAUACAAUGAGCCCCAGGGGGCUGAGUUAUCUAUUCAAGGCUUUACAGGCUGCCUGCUCAGUGUCCAAGUGAAAAUGAAGUAAUUUAACAUCCAUGCUGUCAGUACUGAUGCCAAGGCUCUCCAGUUAACAAAUGUUCUAAAAUCUGAAAAGAAUGAGUUCACAUCCUUGCUUUCUUAUCUAGCUCUUUUUUUCUCUCUGGAUAGGUAUAACUUAACCACAGCAAGCAGAGUCUGCUACUGUAAAUAAACUCUAGAUCACACAAACUGGGCAUGUUAUUACCCUAGGUACUGCAUCAGCAAGACAAACAGUUUCUGGUAAAGAACACAGGCAAAACUGUGAAGUUUCAAUAAUGGGGCUUCCUAAACUGAUAGGAACUACUUUUCUGAUUGUAUUCUUUGUGAAAGAGUCUUGAUAUGAUAUUGGGCACUUUAGUAUAAUUUGCACUUACAGCCCCAGAUAAUUUGUUUUGGCAAUAUAUCCAUUCUGUAAAUAUUGCUCAGAGGCAAAACUGAUAGAGUUCAUGGCGGGGAAAAAAAACUUGAAUUUCACUUGAAGGUUAGAUUUAAGUUUUUGCCACUAUUGUUUUCAAUCCAGUAGCAUAAUAUCUGUUUAGUAAAGACUUGUAUUACAUCAUCCUUUGAACGUACAAUAAUCACAGUAUUUUGAAUCCUGGAAAAACAAAACUUUCCCUUUUAAAUCAUGGAGUCAUAUGGUCACCCUCUUUCUCCUAUGACUGAAUGAAUGUAUACAUUAGAGUUUCAAUGUAUUACACCCACAGCCAUAGCGUAGCUGUAGAAUCCAGAUGGUAUAGCUAUAGAGGCCAGCACUGGUCUGUUGUUUUAGUAGCCUAUUGUCACUGUAACACUGAAUACAGUAAUUUACUCCUUUUACUAAGAGAACCAUGUUAUGGAAAAAUAAAAAUAUUUAUGUUUUAAACACAGAAAUGAUAUUAAAUGGUUUAUCUAUUAAA